UAUAUACUGUUUGUGUUAGAAAUAUAUUUAUUUAAAAAGGAGUGUCUGUCUAUGUAUGUGUACUUGUAUAUGUGUGAACGAACCCCAUUUCUAGACUGUCGACUGUUUUCUAUAUGCGGUAAAAGAAAUGCUCUGAUUGGACUUGGCUUGCUCAAUACCACGACACCCUCCUUUUUCUUCUUCCGCCUGCUCUUCCUCCUUCAUUCUGUGGGCUUUUGGAUUUUUGCAGUAAAGCCUGCCCAUUUCUAUAGGGUACCAUUCUGAGUCUGAGGCCCUUGAAAUCUGUGAUCUUCUUUGGAUGUAUUCAGGCCAGGUGAAAAGGGCUUCCACAGCUUCUCUUGUUCUCUCUUUCGCUCUCUGUUGGUUUUUUUGGGGUUGUGCACAGUAACAAUUUGAGAAGUCUUUGAAAAGCCUUGAUUUUGGAGGGUAUCGAAAAGGCAAGAGCAAGUAGCAAUGGCAGAUUGGAAAGGUAUCAUGGGCAAGAGCAGUACUGGUUUUGGAGGGAGCUCAAGGAGAGAUGAAGACUUUGAAGAAGAAGAUGUGUGGAGUUUUAUGAAGGAGAGGGAGGAUUCCACUUCCAAGAUGAGGAAACCCAAAGAGUACUCCUCUGGUUCUUCUUCUGCUGCAUGGCGCCUUCCUACUACCCCAAGAAUGAUUCCAAGGGUUUACAAUCCAACAACCCAUGAAGCCAGAGUGGUUCAACAAUCCUCUGCUCCUGUGGACAUUCCUGAUUGGUCUAAGAUUUAUGGAAAAAGUGCCAAAAUAUUGGACUCAAGGCAUGAUUCAUGGGUGGAUGAUGCUACUGUUAGUAAUGGAGUUGCUUAUGAUAAUGAUGAUGAUGAUAAUGAUGAUGGUGAUAUGGUUCCCCCACAUGAAUGGAUUGCUAGGAAGCUUGCAAGGAGCCAGAUUUCAUCUUUCUCUGUGUGUGAAGGGAUUGGAAGGACACUCAAAGGAAGAGAUCUUAGCAAAGUGAGGAAUGCUAUCUUGACAAAAACUGGUUUCCUAGAGUAGACCUCCAUCACCAUCAUCAUAUUCUGGCAUCACCACCAUCAUUCUUAGCCAUGGUUCCCACGUAAUCUUUUUUUCUUUUCUUUUUCUUUUUUCUGGUUUUAAUUCUUGCAAGUAGUAUAGCAUCUGAUGUACUGAGGAAGAGUCCAGGGGGGAGGGGGAAAGAGCCUUUGGCAGCCUCUGAGAAUUUUGUCUGGUAGUCUUAGGAGAAUGAAUUUUGGGAAAACGGAAUGCACCUGGACUAUUAAAGUGAAUCAGUUCAUCUUCAUCUGUAAAAUCUUUUUUCUGCUUUUUCA